AUGUCGUCCACCCACGUCCGCCGGCACCAGCCGCAGCCGCAGCAGGAAGACGUCGCGACGGCGCCCAAGAACAUCGCGCGGGCCGAUCAGCAGCCGCAGGAGAAGAAAUCCAGGGCCGAGCAGCGCAUCGGCGCCUACACCGUUGUCCGCACGCUGGGCGAGGGCUCCUUUGGCAAGGUCCGCCUGGCCAUCCACAAUGGCACCGGCCAGCAGGUUGCUCUCAAGAUCAUCACCCGCAAGAAGCUCAUCAGCCGCGACAUGGCCGGUCGAGUCGAGCGUGAGAUCGAGUAUCUCCAGCUGCUACGCCACCCGCAUAUCAUCAAGCUGUAUACCGUCAUAAAGACCCCGGCCGAAAUCAUCAUGGUGCUUGAGUACGCCGGUGGCGAGCUGUUUGACUACAUCGUCCAGAACGGCCGCAUGAAGGAGGCAGAGGCCCGCCGUUUCUUCCAGCAGAUGAUAUGUGCUGUCGAGUACUGCCAUCGUCACAAGAUUGUCCACCGAGACCUCAAGCCAGAGAACCUUUUACUGGAUGAGAAUCUCAAUGUCAAGAUUGCCGACUUUGGUCUGAGCAACAUCAUGACUGACGGCAACUUCCUCAAGACCAGCUGCGGUAGCCCCAACUACGCAGCCCCCGAGGUCAUCGGCGGAAAGCUCUAUGCCGGCUCUGAAGUGGACGUCUGGAGCUGCGGUGUCAUUCUCUACGUCCUGCUCGUCGGCAGACUGCCCUUUGAUGACGAGCACAUUCCCAGCCUCUUUGCCAAAAUCGCCAGGGGUACCUACAGCAUGCCGCAAUGGAUGCCGGCUGGUGCAGCCGCCUUGAUCAAGGGCAUGCUGGUGGUCAAUCCCGUCCAGCGUAUGACCAUUGACGAGAUCAGGGCUGACCCGUGGUUCAACACCGACUUGCCCGCGUACUUGCAGCCUCCCGUCGAGGAGUUCUUCCAUACUGGCGUUGAUCCCAACAAAGCAAUCCAGAAGAGCGACAUUGCGCCCAAUGCUCCCGAAAAGGUGCAAGAGAAGCUCCACAACGAAGUUACAGAAAAGAUUAGCAAGACCAUGGGCUACGGCAAGGACGAUGUCGAGGAGGCUCUUCAAUCUGAGGAGCCCUCAGCAAUCAAGGAUGCCUACAUGAUUGUCCGAGAAAACAAGCUCAUGUUAGCAAAUAAUCCAGAAUCUGGCCUCACUGGUGAGGAAGGCAGUCCUAUGAUGAGCAUAUCUUCUACCCGAUCCGCCAUUUCACCUGGAGGCACAUCCCCACGUCCCUAUGUCAACAAGGUCGGCAUCCUGCCCAGCAGUCUCCCCGCAUACCACAAAGAUUACAUGGAGAGGGAAAAGAAUGGAAUCGAUCACGACCCUCAGCCCCCGGCUAUAGCUAUUAACGACGAGCUGCCCGCGACUCGCACUGAGGCCGAAAAGGAAGAGGCAGCACGUCGCCUAAAUCCUCACGCACGCCCUCUACGCCUGGACGAAUCCAGCAAACGCCCGCAAGGAAUGACACCAAUCACUACACCCGCUAAAAAGCCCAAGCCCGUGCGCUGGCAAUUUGGCAUCCGGUCUCGCAAUGCGCCAUGGGAGGCCCUCCUCUGUAUUCACAAAGCUCUGCAUAAGCUUGGCGCAUCCCAUCUCCGCGAUGAGGGCUAUGACGAGGCGCAUGGCAGAGGGGACGACGCAGCAAGCCGCGACGGUAGCUUCGCAAACGGUGUUCCUUUAGCUCGCGAAUCUAACCUCAAUGAUACUGAUCCGACCAAGAGGUAUAAACUGCCUGCAGAUCCGUGGCACAUCCAAGUUAGAUGGCCAUCAACAAGCAUGCAAAAAGAGGCAGAGCGCCGAGAAGACCCCGAAAUCAAGGGCGGAUCUCCAGACAGCUUCCACGUCUACUCUCCCGAAGACCCGACGUCGCGCAAGGAUUUCGUCGCUCUACACAUGGACAUUCAAAUCUAUGAGAUGGAACAGGGGGUCUAUCUUGUGGACUUCAAAUGCUCUGGCUACGAAACCCAGGACGGAAGGCUGCUCGAGGAGAAGGAGGUUACCAGCCCGUUCCCCUUCUUGGAUCGGGCGGCCAAGCUGAUCAUGCAGCUAGCCGAGGCCGACUAG